AUGGCUACUAUUAACAUCGGUGGUAAUAACCAAGACCGAUUUUAUCGGUACAAAAUGCCUAAACUCAUUUCUAAGAUCGAAGGUAAAGGUAACGGAAUCAAGACCGUAGUCCCAAACAUGUCCGACAUUGCACGUUCCUUGAGUCGCCCGCCGACCUAUCCCACUAAAUUCUUUGGGUGUGAGCUUGGUGCACAAAUUCAAGUUGACGAAAAAAACGAUCGUUACAUUGUUAAUGGCGCACAUGAAGCUGCUAGGCUUCAAGAAUUGCUCGACGUUUUCAUUAAAAAAUAUGUGCUUUGUGCAGGCUGUAACAACCCAGAAACUGAUUUAAUUAUUAUCGGUAAAAAUCCUAAUACUCAGAAAAUCAUUCGUGAUUGCAAAGCCUGCGGUCAACGAACUGAUGUUGAUAUGCGUCACAAGCUCGUUACCUACAUCCUGAAAAAUCCUCCUAAAGGUACUAAGAAAGACAAGAAAAGCAAGAAAGGUGAAGACGACGGUCAGACAUCCCCUACUACUAAGGGUUCUUCUGAAGAAGGAACGGAUGAUGAACUUACCCUUCGCAUUCAGGCUGAAGCUGCUAAUCUUCCUACCGCAGAUGAUUAUAAACAUGAUGAUGAUUGGGUUCUUGACUCUUCCACGGAAGCUGUCGCAAAACGUGCCAAAGAGUUUUCUACCCUUUUACUCAGCGAUAGUGACUCUGACGAGGAAAGUGGGGAUCCUUACGAACAACUCGAUAAGUGGAUGGAGAAAAAUGUCACAUCUGCUGGCAGUAAUGAGAUAUAUAAGAAAAUUAAAGAGUUAGGCAUCUCCAAAGAAACAGAUCAGGUCCUGAAACAUCUUGUUAUUGGCCUCUUUGCAAAAAGUUUUCAGAAUAAUACGUCUACUAUUAAUAAACAAGUUCACAAAAAGGUCAAACUUUUCCAAAAGAAUGAUUUGCUUGAAGAAGAUGUGUUCCAGGCGUGGCUCGAAGGUGACAGUUCUAAGACUUAUCAAAAUUUCUUUAAAAGAACUGCAUCAGUUAAUUACGUUGAAGCCGCAAUCAAUAAGGAAAUCCGUAACAAGGCAAAGCCAUUCGCGAAAUGGUUGGAAGAAGCAGAAGAGGCAGAUGAUGAUGAUGAUUAA